GGGCCCGGGGGUGCCGCCGCCGCCGCCCCACGCUGGCGCAGAGGCCCGGGCCCGGGCCCGCCUCGCCGCUGAGGAUGUCCCGGAAGGCGCCGCGGGCGGAGGUGUGCGCCGACUGCAGCGCCCCAGAUCCUGGAUGGGCCUCCAUCAACCGUGGGGUGCUCAUCUGUGACGAGUGCUGCAGUGUGCACCGCAGCCUGGGCCGCCACAUCUCCAUCGUCAAGCACCUGCGCCACAGCCCCUGGCCCACCACCCUGCUCCAGAUGGUGCACACCUUGGCAAGCAAUGGGGCCAACUCCAUCUGGGAGCACUCACUGCUGGAUCCAGCCCAGGUGCAGAGCGGGCGCCGAAAGGCAAACCCCCAGGACAAAGUGCACCCCACCAAGUCAGAGUUCAUCCGCGCCAAGUACCAGAUGCUGGCCUUCGUCCACAAGCUGCCCUGCCGGGAUGAUGAUGGUGUCACUGCCAAGGACCUCAGCAAGCAAUUGCACUCGAGUGUGCGGACAGGCAACCUGGAGACCUGCCUGCGCCUGCUCUCACUGGGCGCCCAGGCCAACUUCUUCCACCCGGAGAAGGGCACCACACCGCUGCAUGUGGCUGCCAAGGCUGGGCAGAUCCUACAGGCAGAACUGCUUGUGGUUUAUGGUGCUGAUCCCGGAGCACCCGAUGUGAACGGCCGGACCCCCAUCGACUAUGCCAGGCAGGCAGCCCAGCAUGAGCUGGCAGAGCGGCUGGUGGAGUGCCAGUAUGAGCUGACAGACCGGCUGGCCUUUUACCUCUGUGGCAGGAAGCCAGAUCACAAGAAUGGACACUAUAUCAUUCCACAGAUGGCUGACAGGGUGCGCCCAAAGUGCAUGGCACAGAGCCUGGACCUCUCUGAGCUGGCCAAGGCAGCCAAGAAGAAGCUGCAGGCACUCAGCAACCGCCUCUUCGAGGAGCUGGCCAUGGAUGUCUACGACGAGGUGGACCGCCGGGAGAACGACGCGGUCUGGCUGACGACACAGAACCACAGCACGCUGGUGACAGAGCGCAGCGCUGUCCCUUUCCUCCCCGUCAACCCCGAGUACUCGGCCACACGCAAUCAGGGUCGGCAGAAGUUGGCCAGGUUCAAUGCCAGGGAAUUUGCCACUUUGCUCAUCGACAUCCUCGGGGAAGCCAAGCGCCGACAGCAAGGGAAAAGUCUGCUGAGCCCCACAGACGCCCUGGACUACUCACUGCGGAGUCAGAGUGAUCUGGACGACCAGCACGACUACGACAGCGUCGCCUCUGACGAGGACACGGACCAGGAGCUGCUGCGCAACGCCUCUCGCAACAACCGUGCCAGGAGCAUGGACUCCUCUGACCUCUCGGAUGGCCCCAUCACGCUGCAGGAGUACCUUGAGGUGAAGAAGGCUCUGGCUGCCUCCGAGGCCAAGGUGCAGCAGCUGAUGAAGGUGAACAACAGCCUGAGUGAUGAGCUGCGCCGGCUGCAGCGCGAGAUUCACAAGCUGCAGGCAGAGAACAUGCAGAUCCGGCAGCAGACGGGUCCUGCACACCCAGCCCCAGCCCCCACCGAGCGUCCGGAGCAUGGUCACCCCCCAGGCACAACUCCCCAGCACCGCCGGGACCGUCAGGCCUUCUCCAUGUACGAGCCAGGCUCAGCACUGAAGCCCUUCGGGCAGCCAGUAGAGGAGCUGGUGACACGGCUGCAGCCCUUCAGUGCCAGCGAGAUGGAGGACGAGGCUCUGUACCCCAUGCACAUCCCAGCCAGCGUGUACCGGAUCCGGAAAGGUCCAUCUGCCUCCUCUGUGCCCUUUCCCCCAUCCUCCCCACUGCUCUCCUGCCCACCUGACAGUGCCCGACAUAUGAGCAAGCUGGACCGGCAUGGCAGUGGCACCGACAGUGACUAUGAUAACACACAGGGUGGUGAGGUCCUGAUCAGUGACCUCAGGAUGUUGGCUGGUUCCUGCAGCAUGGAGGGGAAGCGCUUUGUGGAGCUGAGCAAGGAUGAGGACUUCCCACAUGAACUGGACCCGCUGGACGGGGAGUUGGACCCUGGGCUGCCCAGCACCGAAGACGUCAUCCUCAAAACUGAGCAGGUCACCAAGAACAUCCAGGAGCUCCUGCGGGCAGCACAGGAGUCCAAGCAUGACAGCUUUGUGCCCUGCUCGGAGAAGAUUCACUCAGCUGUGACAGAGAUGGCAUCGCUCUUCCCUAAGAAACCAGCGCUGGAAACGGUGCGGAGCUCUCUGCGGCUGCUCAACGCCAGCGCCUACCGGCUGCAGAGCGAGUGCCGCAAGACUGUGCCGCCUGAGCCGGGCGCUGCCGUGGACUACCAGCUCCUGACCCAGCAGGUCAUCCAGUGUGCCUAUGACAUUGCCAAGGCCGCCAAGCAGCUGGUCACCAUCACCACCCGUGAGAAGAAGCCGUGAGGGCCAGCCUGCGUCCCCCUUUAUCCCCUCCUCCCACCCUGUGCUCUCCGUCUCUCCCUCCCCUCACACCUGGGGUGAGCAUAGCUGCAAGUGGCCUUUAGCCCAUGGGGAGCCAGGGUGUGUGGUGGAGCCCCUCUGAGCCCCUCACGCUGCUGAGAACCUGGUGCUUAGCCUGUGGGGCAGGUGCCCGCGUCCCCCUGUACAGACCCCUGCCCACCCCUCAGCACGCGCCUAACUUAUCCUGUACAUAGCCUGUGUAGCUGUCCGUGGCGGCGGUGGCAAUGUACCCCCCACCUCCCCACAAAGCCCCUUGCCGGGCGGCCGGUACCCCUGGGGCCACCCACAGCAUUACACUGGACUGGGGCACCCACGAGUCCCCCCUCCCUGGGCGUCCUGACCCCCCUGCCCCCUCCACUCCAGGGCCGUGCUCCCUACUGUAAGAUGUGUCCUUGUACAUUUGUAUCAAUAAAGGUGUGAGCAUUGCACGGGC